AUGCGAGCUACCCUCGACGCGCUCCGCGCGGCGCUUCACACGUCGCUCGCGGGGAAAUCGCUUGAGUCAGCGCUUGCCGCAGCGGCCGCGGGCUUUGAGGCUGACGACUGCCGGACGGCUUGCGCACCUCUCAAGGUAGCCGAGGGCUCACGCGGCGUCGCACUUCUCAAGUCCAAACUGGACUCCAGAGAUGUUCAACGCCAUCCGAUGCUGAACCGCUUCAAUGCCAAAUGUCUCAUUUUAGCGCUGCUGCUGCAAACCGGAAGGGCCACGGACCACUGUGCGGAUGAGGUGUCCUGGCUUCAAAGCAGCCGGCCGAGUCCCAGGCCAGCGACCAUCGCCGAAGGCUUUUCUGCCUGGUUGUCAAGGCAUGGCUUGUCAGGAGCCGCCAGGAUGCUUCACACUGCCGAGCCGACGCGGCCGCGCGGUGUCAGCUUCACUGAGCUGGUGGCGGGGCGCGACCGCAUGGACCUCACGGUGGCCGGUUUAGCCUUUGCCGGGGUCCUCACCGCCUUCUUCUGCGUGACUCUCUGCUUGGUGCGGGCUGCCUGGGUAGAGGACAAGCCGAAAGCAGAGGUGCCAGUGAAGGAGGUGCCCUUUGUGCAGCCUGCCGAGAGCAUCCGCUCGGAGGCCAUGCCCGCCAUCUGCCCGAAGUUCCUGGGUGCCAGCAUGGAUCAGCCCUUCCUGGUUUCUCUGAAGCCGCUGCAGGACAAGGGCGACUGGACACUGCAGAUCCGCUCCCAGCACUCCCAGCGAGUGCGGAUGACGGCGGCGUUGCGGCGCGCCGGGCACCUGGCGAACCUCCGCCGCAGCUUCGUGGAGGUACGCAGCGAGAACGACCAGCUCCUCGGGAGGAUCACCUCACGGCUCGAGAUCUUGAUGCCGGACGGGCGCACCUUCGGCUGCCUGGUGCCUUUCGGCGGCGCGCACCUGCUUCAGGAGGAAAGCGGCCGGGAAGCUCGAUGGUCCGUUGCUGAGGAGCAAGGCACCAUCUCGACGGUUUGGCUGCCCAAGAUGGGGUCCAGCCAGAGGAACUUGGCAGAGCUCAGGGACGGCCUGCACAAACUCGGGGGGCGGUCCAGCCACAACCAGAAGGGCGCUCUUCUGGCCACCCUGGCCCGGCCCGAAGGGUCCAAUGGACAUAGGCUGGAGUUGAUGAGCAUGAACGGAGUGGACUCGGUCCUGGUGCUGCUUUGCGCAUUAGGACUGGUGGCCUUCGAGAAUGCCUUGGACUUGGUGGACUCCGCGGAGUUCGCCAAGGAGAAGACAGGUCUCGAGAUUGGGAUCCCAAGUGGACACCUGGCUGGGCCAUUCCCUCAGCCAUGCGAUCCUCCAGCCCGUGGGCGGCUAGCGGCGCUUUCGUGGACGGACAAGCGUUGAGAGCGCACGCUGAGUCUUUGGCGGCCCAGCCUGGAAUGGGGGGGUGGCUCAGAUGUUCGUGGAGU